AUGAAUUCAAACUCGACUGAUAACGAACAUUUACGAAUCUUCAUUAAUUUAUUGAGAAAUCUAGAAGAUAAAAGUUUUUUCGUGAAUUUUAUCCUGAGCGUUUUCUCUAUUUUUAUCAAUAUUUUCCAUGUAAUAAUAUUGACUAGAAAAUCUAUGAGAGCCACUUCAAUAAAUGUUUUUAUGAUUGGAAUUGCGAUUUGUGAUCUGUGUACCACGCUGACAACAGUAUAUAGAUAUUUCAGUUUAGUAGAUUUUGAAUACCCUGAAUGUAUUACCUCAGAUUCACUGGUGAAAGCAUACGCUGACGCCAUGUCCUGGUCGGUUCAGUAUCAUUUUAAGCGAUGCAGCUCAUGGCUUGGAAUUCUAAUGGCUGGAGUUAGGAUUCUGAUCAUGAGGAAAAUUUCUAACGCAAAGUUCUCGAAAAUCAUGAAACCCAUUUUUGGGAUAAGUUUAAUGGCAAUUGUGUUUGGUAUCAGUGGUAUAUUGACAACUGUCUGGCAAUAUGAAUGCCAGGUUAUUGAAAAUCGGACUUACCCUUUGUCACCAAAUUGCGCCGAACACCAGGAUAUUCAUGGCGUCUUCAGAUUUUCCUUAAUUUUGCGUCCGGUUUCUACUGUUGCCGACGUAGUAAUUUUGAGAAGUUAUUUUAUUUCAGAUUCUAUAAUCUCCAGUCUUAUCCCUGGAAUUUCCUUUCCAUUAUUAGCAGUUGUGUUAAUUAGAGAAAUUCGAAAACUUGAAAAAUCCAGAACGAGAGCUAUUCGGACUUUAUCAACUGCAGAAAAUGAGGAAAAAUAUGGACUCUCUACCAAACUAAUCGGACUGAUGACAGUGGCUGCGUUUUUAUCGGAAACACCAUUGGGGUUAAUUUCAAUAUUUAAACAAUUUUUCACAAAGGGCGACAUAAAUAUCCGACUUUUAACUGAUCUCGUCAUCUACUUCACGAUCCUAGCAACUUUCGUCUCGAUACUUCACCCAGUUUUGUGCCUACUGAUGUCUAGUAAAUAUUGUGAGACUCUUCGCAAAAUGUUUGGAAUUUCAAAGACACUUCCAAAUAGUGUCACUUCAAUUCACAUUAUUUAA